GUCGAUAGUGACCAUGGCCUCCCAACGAUCGCCACCAUUCCUGGCUGCCAUUGACCUGGCCUCGUAUCACGGCGUUGAGCAGAUCCAGGCCUCCAAGGAACUCGCAUACGCCGGUGGACUGGUUGCCACAGUCACAACCUCGAAUAUCGAUGCCGCAUUCGCUUUACUGAAGGAUACCGUUGCGCGCUUUUCUGUCUAUCUGGUAGUGUUCGGCUUGGAAUCACAGCAAGACAUUAUCGAUCUUCUUGACGCCGGCGCUGCCAAGGUCUUUGUUCGAAGCCAGCAGGCCGCUGACCUGAAGAAUGUCAAAGGCUUGGAUCUGACGCGAGUCGUAUACUGUCCCACAGCAUCGGUCGGCGAGGACACACAGGCAGUGGAUGGCACAUCUUUUGGCCUUUUCUUGCAGAACGUGGCUAGUGUCGAGCAUGUCAGCAGCAUAUUAAAGGAACUAGGCAGGAACAGGCCGCCCGUCUACAUCUCGAAGCAGCAAAUUACUGAAAAGGAAGCGGUAGAGCUGGGCGGACAAGAUGCUGUACCUAUCAUACCCGCCGCGCAGUUGACCACCGACCCCGAGCCGUCUGCCGAACACGUACGCGUAGCCUCACUACUCCUGGCCCAAGUAAGUAGCGACCGACCGGAUGGACUGUACACGACACUUGUUACGGACGAGCGAGGAGUGGCACUUGGAUUGGUGUACAGCAAUGAAGAGAGCGUGGCCGAGAGUUUGAGAACAGGACGCGGUGUAUACCACAGUCGUAAGCGAGGGCUUUGGAGGAAAGGUGAAACCAGCGGAGAUUGGCAAGAGCUAUUGAGGAUAGAUGCCGAUUGUGAUCAGGAUACACUAUGCUUUGUUGUGCGGCAGCAGGGGCACGGCUUCUGCCACCUGCAGACAGCGACGUGCUUUGGUCAUUACCGGGGCCUGUCAAAGCUGCAGCAGACACUGGAAAGCAGGAAACGUUCUGCGCCUGAGGGGUCAUACACAGCGCGACUGUUUAAUGACUCGAAGAUGCUUAACGCAAAAAUCAUGGAGGAGGCUUCCGAACUGACAGAGGCGCAGACGAAGCAGGACAUCGCCUUCGAGGCAGCUGACGUGCUGUACUUCACCCUGACCAAAGCUGUGGCUGCGGGCGUCAGUCUGGCAGAUAUCGAGCGAAAUUUGGAUGCGAAGAGUGUCAAGGUGAAACGAAGGAAAGGCGAUGCCAAAGGACCAUAUGCAGAGAAGUUUGGCGUCAUCCCAUCUGCCAACGAGUCCACACCUGUCAACGGUACGCUGGCAUCCAAUGGCAAAGCUUCUGAAGAGGAAAUCAAGGAAGCCGAGUCGAAGCCUAAGAGCAAGGACGAUCCUGCCGGACUCAACAAGGACGGCCGCAUCCAGAUGAACAGACUGACCACGUCGGAAUCCACUCCUGAGGCCGUUCGUGAGGCCCUCAAGCGUCCAUCGCAGCGAUCGACGGAGAAGAUCAUGGGCAUUGUCAACCCUAUCAUCAAGGACAUUCGCGAGAGAGGCGACACUGCUCUGCUCGAGUAUACGCACAAAUUCGAAAAGGCCACAUCAUUGACAACGCCUGUACUGAAGGCGCCAUUCCCGCAGAGCCUUAUGCAACUGCCGCCUGAAACUAUCGAAGCAAUCGAUAUCUCGUAUGAGAAUAUCCGCAAGUUUCACGCAGCGCAGAAGGAGACUAAGCCUCUCGAAGUGGAGACGAUGCCUGGAGUCAUCUGCUCACGAUUCGUGCGGCCGAUUGAGAACGUCGGUUUAUAUGUUCCUGGUGGCACAGCUGUCUUGCCAUCGACCGCGCUCAUGCUUGGCGUACCUGCUCAAGUUGCUGGCUGCAAGCGGAUAGUGCUGGCCUCACCGCCACGUGCGGACGGAAAGCUUACCCCUGAAAUUGUGUAUUGCGCUCACAAGGUUGGCGCGGAAAGCAUUGUACUUGCUGGUGGUGCUCAGGCCGUCGCUGCUAUGGCAUACGGCACCGAAAACGUGACCAAAGUCGACAAGAUUCUGGGACCGGGCAAUCAAUUUGUGACUGCUGCCAAGAUGAUUGUUAGCAAUGAUACGAGCGCGAAUGUUAGCAUCGACAUGCCUGCCGGGCCAUCGGAAGUGCUGGUCAUUGCAGACAAGACGGCGAAUCCAGCAUUCGUUGCCAGUGAUCUUCUGUCACAGGCCGAGCACGGUGUCGAUUCCCAGGUGGUCCUCAUUGCCGUCGGCUUGACCGAGCCCGAGGUGCAAGCUAUCGAAGAUGAACUACACCAGCAGGCCAUGGCACUACCUCGUGUGGACAUGGUGCGCGGUGCUAUUAGCCACUCUGUGACGUUGAUCGUCAAGGACAUUGAGGAGGCUAUGGAGUUGAGCAACCAAUACGCUCCUGAGCACCUGAUAUUGCAGGUGAAGGAUCCUGUCGCUGUACGCGAAAUGGUGCAAAACGCUGGAUCUGUAUUCUGUGGAGAGUGGACACCUGAGUCGGUGGGCGACUACUCUGCUGGCGUGAACCACUCUUUGCCCACAUAUGGCUACGCGAAGCAGUACUCUGGCGUCAAUCUAGCCAGCUACGUGAAGCACAUUACUUCGUCGAACUUGUCUCCGGAAGGCCUCCGUAAUGUCGGCAAGGCCGUUAUGCAGCUCGCGAAGGUGGAGCAAUUAGAGGCUCACCGUCGUGCAGUUGAGCUUCGAUUGGAGUUUCUAGAUCAGCGCGCGGCUUGAGGGAUAAUUGCUCUGAAAAGUACAGUAUACAAACAGCAAUGUUGUUGAUCCAAUAACUGCUAUCCCAAUGAUUGUUAGCCCUAUGUUGUUCGUAGCUGCUGAGAUUGGUGAUUACUUGGUAACUCAGAAUGGGGUCUGCCCUUCACCCUGCCGGGAAAGAUUGUCCACGAAUCUCAGAGUCAGACGUCGGCGCAUAUCCAGCCAGAACCUACUGAAUACCAUUCUCCUUAAAGACACAACUCCUACAACCUCCGAACAGUCCGCUCAAUUCACUUCUCCCAGCGGCCACGAAUCAGCAAUGGACACCGUCGUCUUCCCACCUAGCUUAUACGAUGGUCUUCUCGAGUCUGUUCGAUUUGAUGAUCCCGAAGAAGUCCUGCAGAGGAUAGAGCGCCGCACCAUCUCAGCUUGUCACCCGGACACGCCCAGCGGAACGACUACUACCUCCUAUGAUGACUAACACGGUCUUGUUCUUGGCAAAGCACUGAUCAUCUGGCUUUGGCGGCCCGCCGGCCAGCUGGUCAAAGCUGCUAGCCGAGUGGAUCAUCCUCCAGGCGCCAAUCCACUGUAUACAGUUCAUUAU